AACGCCUCUUCCUCCUCCUCUUCCUCCUCCGUGUGUAUUUAUGUGUGGAGCUCAUUCUCGUCCACUCCACAAACUCUUCACCCACUGACCACGACACUGACAUGGCCGCUAACCGGGUAAUCGUUUACGGAGGCAGGGGAGCACUGGGCUCCAAGUGUGUCGAACAUUUCAAGUCCAAAGGAUGGUGGGUCGCCUGCAUCGACAUGGCUGCAAAUGACGAGGCGAAUGAAAACGUGAUAGUAAAAAUGAGUGAAUCUUUCACUGAGCAGGCAGGACAGGUGACGACGGAUGUGGCCCAGUUGCUAGGAGAACAUAAAGUGGAUGCCAUCUUGUGCGUCGCUGGAGGAUGGGCCGGAGGGAAAUGUAGUUCCAAAGAUUUAUACAAAAACACAGACCUGAUGUGGAAACAGAGUGUGUGGACUUCCACUAUCUCCAGUCACCUCGCCGCUCUGCACCUGAAACCAGGCGGACUGUUGACUUUGGCCGGAGCGAAAGCAGCGCUGUCAGGCACUGCAGGCAUGGUCGGCUACGGCAUGGCCAAAGCUGCCGUCCACCAGCUGUGUCAGAGUCUCGCAGAAGAGAAGAGCGGCUUGCCGGCAGGAGCUGCUGCUGUGGCGAUCCUACCGGUUACCUUGGAUACGCCGAUGAACAGGAAGUUCAUGCCUGACGCAGAUUUCGGGUCCUGGACGCCACUGGAGUACGUUGCAGAGACGUUUUUCAGCUGGGCCACCGGCGUGCAGCGGCCGGCGUCGGGAAGCCUGAUGCAGCUGAUGACCUCGGGAGGUGAAACCCAGGCUGUGGCAGCGCCGUAGACGACAAAGAGUGGAGGUGUGGACACGGUGAUGGGUGUUCGUUUAGGGAGGGAGCGAGAAAUAAUGAUGGAUGGACGCAGGGAGGGGGGAGAGAUGAGGAGGAGUGUAGGAGAGAUGGGAGUGAUGAGAAGAGGGUUGGAGGUGAAGAAGAGGGAUGGCGACAGAGUGGAGCUAAAUAAAAGGGGGUGGAGGAGGAGGAGGAGGAGGGGAAGGAGAGAGAGACAGCAAGAUGGGCUUGUUUUGGAGGAGAGGAGGAUGAAAUUUGAAAUUGCAGCCUCACAGCGCCAUCUAGCUGCACAACACUACACUACAGUUCUCCCAUUUGUGGAAGACAAUCACAAGCUGAUUGUUGUGUUCAAAAAACCCGCGUUUAAAAAUGGCGUACGUGUCCUUAUGCUGAAGCUGCGUGUGAUCACCUGUGACGACUAAGUGUGAAUCUUUAUUAUUAAUUAGUGUUUUUUACUCAUUUACGUGAAGUCUCUAGAUGCGAUUUUAUUUUUCUUAGCUAUGAUUUUAUUUGCAGGUUUACGUGCGUUUCUUACAGUCUUGCUUUGUUUAAAUAUUUCCUGUGUAAUAAAUAGUAGAUGGAAAAUGAGACAGUUAAAGGUGUGUGAACCGUUCCACCUCGCAUAAAUUACACCUUUUAAUUGUCGUAGAACAUAAAAAAAACAAUAGUGGAAAAGGAUUUUUUAUUUGAAAAUGUCAAGACGAGUCAAAGCAGGUGGUAGAGGACUCCGCCCCCUCUGAAAUUUCAUUUUCAGCCCCUUCAUAACGUCAUUUUGUCUGACGCUCAGCGCCUACAGCAUCCGUCCUGUGUGAGAUGUGUCGACCUUUUUGUCUCGCGCCGUUUGAAGGUUUGAAGGAAAAAAUAUAAAAAUAAAUCCGCUGUCUUCUCCCAAACGUACAAUACACUUAAAAGUGCUGCGGUUUGUCCCCGUCAAGACAAAGUGUCCUUGGUGUCCACGGUGUGUUAAAAGGUGCUUUUUCUGUGUGUUGUAACUGUGUCAACGUUCACAAUAAAAAAAAAAAGAAAGAGUGAAAAUAAAAGAUGGAUUUGAGGUUUUUCAAGUUCAUUCCUCAUCACUUCAUCGAGGCCGUUUUUUUUUAGUAUGUAUAACACACUUCAGAGUUCACUGAUGUUUUCUGUCUCUCUGCUCUUUUAUCACUUUCUCAAAUCGGAGGUUAAAAUACUGCACGUGAUGAUUAUCAGUUUUUAUGAUGCUGCAGAAUGACUCCCUUCCCUGUAAAUGUCAAACACGCGGCUCACUGUAGUCGGCCUGUCGAGAGUCUAUUAAGCAAAUGGUUCUGCACUUUCACUUAGAGUGAGAGUUAUACGAGUUCAGUCGUGACUCGUGACCUUGGAAACUGCUGUUAACAAAACGAGUGGAUGGUUGAAAAUAGUGCAAUGCACAAUCUGCCCGAUUGUGAGGGCGUAAAUCAUUUAAUGAUGUGUUUUGAUCCUUUUUUGCGUAUACAGAGGCUAUAAGAAUGUGUCUUACAUCCUCGUUUUCAGCACAAACUAUAGGCAAUAUGAUCUAUAAUAAACACACCUGAGCUGAAAGUACUAAAGUCUUUUAAAAAUCAGAUUGAAUUUGUGAAAUUUUGGAAAUGCGUCACAUUUCAAAGUCCGCUCGCCUCGUUUUUAUGAACAAAAAUACAAGGAAAAAAAACUAUUCCUAUUCUCUAUUUUUGUCACUUUCUCUUUGUCUCAACAAUAUAUAAGAAUAUAAAUAAAUAUAGAUUUGUAUAUUUAUGCAAAAAAAAAGGAAAGAGUUGGGGGUUUCUCUUUUAUAUUUUCUUGUUUUCAUCACAUCCUAUUUAAAAAAACAACAACAAAACAAAUCCAACAUAGACACUGAGUUUAGACGGACACAUAUUUAUCUAUGAUAUACUGUUGGCUGUCAUUAAAAGAAUUUAAGGCCUCA